AUGUUUAUUUGUGUUGACAUCAAAAUUAAGGCCAAAUUAACUGAACGACUGGUUAUAGUUGUGGACAACGAAGACAUGGAUUCGUUAGACAAGUGGUGCGAUUCGGCGAUAAUCAACGGCAAAGAGUGGUAUAUCUGUGUCUUCGGCGGCAAUGAAUGCAAUGAAGUCGAGGACAGCGAAGAGCUGAUGAGAGCUCACUUGCGGACACAACACGGGUUGCAAACGAGCGUCCAUUUGGUGGACAACCCGCUGCUGACGCCCUCACCAUCUCUACAAUCGGGCGAUGAUAUUAACCCGAAGUGCGAGACCAGCGACGAAGAGGCGGCCGACAACAGCGACCACAGUAUGGGCGCCGAGUCUGACGAGUCGGGCGACCAGUCGUAUAUCAGCCGUGUCUUCGGCACUUCCGUGAGAGCCAAACGCCCGCCCAGUGGUGACGCGGGGGAGCGGCCGCACAAAUGCACGCACAGCUGGUGUGGCUCUUCAUACUUCACCCGCCAAAGACUCAACACUCAUUUGGAUCACCACCGGUGCGGCUACGGCUUCGACAACACGCCCGGCGCCCCUCCCGUGACCGGUGUCUGCCGUCGGGCGAAAAUUGACUCAUUCGUGACGACUAUACGCCCAAUCGAUGGCCAGAGAAGCUUUGAGUGUUCGUUCGAUGGCUGUGUUUAUAAGUCGGCGGUGUUGUCGCAUAUGAAGGAUCACAUCCACAGCCGACACGUCUGUCCCAAUCGGCCUAAUCUUAUUGGCCGACGCAGUGGCUGUUCGUCACGGGUGUCGGCAACUGAUGAGACACACGAUGACAGACGGCGCCAGUCAUCGCCGUCCUUCAAAUCGGACGAUGAUUUGGAUCCGAAGUACGUGACCACCGAUGAAGAGGAGGGAGAAGGCGGUGGACAUGAUAUGGACGUACAGUCAGACUCGUCCGGUAGUCACGUGUCAAGUGGUGACCAGACGUCAGCCGUUAGACCUGAGAAAGGGAAGCGUUCAACAGAUGGGCAGUCGACGAGCCGUAAGCCCGCGUUUAAGUGUCGACACGAGGGCUGCCAUUACGAGACUCCUAACAAAACACUUUUGGGCCGUCACGUGCGGGACGAACACCCGGUAAGUGGUCGUCGCCGUCGCCGCCGUCAGUCAGUGGUCGUCAACCGACGGUUCCCUUGCGAUCGAUCCGACUGUAACUCUUCGUAUUCAAACCGCGAUACACUCGCGCGACAUAUGGCGAGCCAUCGGUGCGGCUAUAAUAUGGACGAUACGCCCGAUCAGGUCAGCCAUCCGUCUGACGCCUGCCGGCGGCCGAACAUCGACUCACAGUAUAAGACAAAACGUACCGCCGAAGACGUGAAGAUGUUUGAGUGCGGCUUUGAUGACUGCCCGUACAGCACGGCAGUCAUAUCGUCGAUGAGAGAUCACAUCCAUGGCAUACACGUGUGUCCCAAUCGAACCAGUCUUCGUGCGGCCACACCUCGAGGCCGUACACCUGUUGGUGGAUCGACACGUCGGGUGUCAAACACUCGACGAGUGGACGCUUCCAGUGAUGAAGAAAGUGAUGAUAUUUCUGAGGCGAGUGAAUACAACUUGAUUUUGAGUUCUUCUCAGCGCAUCCGCAAACAGAGUGCCAGUCAUGUAAGCGAUGCCAUUGAAUCUAUGGUCAAUGAUAUCAACCGCAACGCGAGGACACAACCCCCACCACAAACGCCCGGCCAAUCAGCGGUGGAGAGCGAUCACAGCGAUAGUGAUUUGAACGCGGGUUUGCCUAAUGUCUCUCCCGAUGAUAUGAACGCGCGGUCAAAGUCUUCGGGUAGCGAUCGGCCCGCAAACCAAUCGCUCGCUCACAGCAGCGGCGGUCAGUCUCUGAUGCCUAACAAACGGAAGCGUUCAAAAGAGGAUCAGCCGGUUAUGGAUAGCAAACAAGUGUACGCGUGUGAGCACAAGAGCUGCCGUUUCAAAACCCACAGCAAUAAAAUUUUGACCCGUCACGUGACUGAUCAGCACUCGGUCAGUGCCUCGACGCGACCGUUUCGCUGCCGUCUCAAAGGGUGCUACUCUUCGUACUCAACCCGCGCCCGAUGGGUCACUCAUAUGGCGAGCCAUGGGUGCGGCUAUAAUAUGGACGAAAUGCCCGAUCAGGUCAGCCAACCGUCCGACGCCUGCCGUCGAGCGAACAUCGAUUCUCAGUGCGAGAGGUCUGCCAUUACCACCGAUGGCCAGAAGAGCUUUCAGUGCCCGUUCGAUGUCUGCGAGUAUAACACACCAAUCGGAGAACGAAUGAGGGAUCACAUCCACGGCCAACACGUCUGUCCCAAUCGGUCUAACCUUCGGCGCGAACUUAAGUCGGGCCGGCCUUUGAAGUGUCGGAGCGUUGAGAAGCGUACGCCACGCGAGCGUACCGUGUCUUCGGCUCGACGAGCGGACACUUCCAGCGAUGACGACAGCGAUGACGACAGCGAUGGCGAGUCUGACGCCAGCGAAGAGGCCGUAGAGUUGAGUCGGCGCAAGAGAUCGUCUCAACGGAUCGCCAAUAAGAGUGUCCGUCAAAAAAGGAGUGCCGUUCAGACGAGCCGAGAGACCGCUGUUACCGACGCUCAAACACAACCCGUGGCCUCAACUUCCAGACAAUCAGUGGUGGCAAAGCUUAAGGCGAAACGGAAUCGCAAUCCGCGGUCUAGUGAUGGGAGUAGUAGUGGUCGGGAUUCAGAUAGAGAUAUCUGGUCUACGGGUAGCGAAGCGGCCACAGAGUCGGGCGCGUCGGACAGCAAUUGGUCCGAAAACGGGUCGACGACCUCACGCGGCGGCCACAAGUCUGCGAUGUCUAAGAAACACAAGCGCUCGACAGCGGAUCAACCGGCGAUCGUCACGAACUCGAGUGCGUUGUAUGAAUGCGGCCGCGAGUACUGCGACUUCACUGCCGGCGACAAAGAG